GGGCAAGGAGAAUCUCCAACAUGCUCUAUUCUUGUUUUUUCCCCAAAACAGGAUUUUUCACUCCCAGGGUGUGGCCAGAUGGAGGAGGAGGAAAAGCCCUGGAGAUCCCACACGAGGAGUGGCAGCAAACCCAGCCCAGGGAGAUGCAGGGAGGAAAGAGCCCCCCUGAGCCAGGAAGGCGGGCGGAGAUCCAGGCGGAGCUCGGAGCUGGUGGAGAAGCCUCAUGGCAGGGAGAAGCCCCACAAGUGCUUGGAAUGUGGGAAGGGUUUCAGACGGAGCUUGGAUCUGAUCCAGCACCAGGUGAUCCACACUGGGGAACGGCCCUACGAGUGUGAGGAAUGUGGGAAGCGUUUCCGCUGGAGCUCCAGCUUGAGGCAGCACCAGGUGAUCCACACUGGGGAACGGCCCUUUGAGUGUGGGGAGUGUGGGAAGAGCUUCAGCCAGAACUCCAUCCUGAUCCAACACCAGAGGAUCCACACUGGGGAAAAGCCCUUUGAGUGUGGGGAAUGUGGGAAGAGCUUCAGCCAGAGAGGCCACCUGAUGCAGCACCAGGUAAUCCACACUGGGGAACGGCCUUACGAGUGUGGGAAAUGUGGGAUGAGCUUCAGCCAGAAGGGCCACCUGAUGCAACACCAGAGGAUCCACACUGGGAGAAAGCCCUAUGAGUGUGGGGAAUGUGGGAAGUGCUUCAGGCAGAGCUCUGGCCUGAGGAGACAUGAGAGGAUCCACACUGGAGAAAAGCCCUACGAGUGUGGGGUGUGUGGGAAGAGCUUCAGUAUGCAGUUCCAGCUGACAGUGCACCAGAGGAUUCACACUGGGGAAAAACCGUACAAGUGUGGGGAAUGUGGGAAGAGUUUCAGAGAAAGCUCAGCUCUGAUCCAGCACCAGGUGAUCCACACUGGGGAACGGCCCUACACCUGCUUGGAAUGUGGGAAGAGCUAUGGGUGGCACUCUGACCUGAGAAAACACCAGCGCAUCCACAGCGGGGAGAAGCCCUACGAGUGUCCUGAGUGUGGGAAGAGGUUUCAGAUCAGCUCCAGUCUCCUCGUACAUCAGCGGAUUCACACAGAGGAGAGGCCCUACCGCUGCCCCGACUGUGGGAAGGGCUUCAAGCUAAGCUCCCACCUCACCGUCCACCGGCGCAUCCACACCGGGGAGAGGCCGUACAAAUGUGGGGAGUGUGGGCAGAGCUUCUCCACGAGCUCCACCUUGACCAAACACCAAAGGAGGCGCCACUGAGGGGGGAGGCCCUGUGAGUGCCCUGAGUGAGGGAAGAGCUUCAUGUGCUGCUCCAGCUCCAUUCCCUAUGGGAGGAUCCACAUUGGGUGAUCCUCAGUGACCCUGGGCAGAUCCCUGGUGAUCUAUGGGCAUGGUCAUCUGUGUUGGGAAGACACUUGGCUGGGAGGCUCCACAUCUUCCUCGUUCCCUGUGGGCACCUAGAUAAACCCAGUGGCAGGAACAUCCAUCAGGAUGCAGACCAACAAUGGGAAUUCCUUGGGGAGAGCAGAUUUGUCGACUUUCAACCUCAUAAAAUCUUUUGCAUUCAGUCCUGUGUUCUGGUGGCAUCAAGGAAUACUGAAUGGUCUUGGAGGUAUGUCCUAGGUUGACUAUAUGAUGCUUGUAUCCCCAGUUGUCUGUUUGCAACUUUAAGACUUGUUCCAAGAGCAAAGGAGGGAGAGAAGUGCAGAGUUUGUUUUCAGAAACUGCACUCACUCCUCCACAUUCCUGCUCCUGGGCUGGGUUUCCUGCAGAUGGACAGACAGCAGGACAGAGCUCUCCUUUGCUGUUAAUUAGUUUUAGCUAGCUGUGGCAGAGAAGUUCCCUGGACUGUGGCUGUUUUUCCCUUUUCUUUGGACCUGUUUAAACCUGCUCUGGCCUGAACACCCAGAAGAGCACCGGCAGCUCACACCUGUGGCCCAGCGGGCCAGGCCUGGACUGUGGCAUUUCCAGCACUGGAGGUACUGAUAAGACACUGAGUGAGCUGAGCUACAACCCACGGAGGGACUUCCUGAGUUUGUCUCUCUUUUAGAGCAGCAAGAGGUUUUAUUGUUUAAUAAACAGUUUUUUCCACA